UGUGGCUGUGGCUGUGGCUGUGGCUGCGGCUCGGCUGCGAGCUGUGUGAGCCGGCUCCGGGCUCUGGCUAAGCGAAGCGACGUGUCGUGCUGGACUCAUCGCUCGCCCCGGAGCCAUGGAAAUCGGCACCGAGAUAAGCCGCAAGAUCCGGAGUGCCAUUAAGGGAAAAUUACAAGAAUUAGGAGCUUAUGUUGAUGAAGAACUUCCUGAUUACAUUAUGGUGAUGGUGGCCAACAAGAAAAGUCAGGAGCAAAUGACAGAGGACCUGUCCCUAUUUCUAGGGAACAACACAAUUCGAUUCACCGUAUGGCUUCAUGGUGUACUAGAUAAACUUCGCUCUGUUACAACUGACCCCUCUAGUCUAAAGUCUUCUGAUACCAACAUUUUUGAUACUAACGUGCCUUCCAACAAGAGCAGUUUCAGUCGGGGAGAUGAGAGAAGGCACGAAGCUGCAGUGCUACCACUUGCAGUUUCUAGCACUAGAUCUGAAAAAAGAGAUUCCAGAGUUUCUGCAAGUUCACAGGAGCAAAAAACCACUAAUGUCAGACAGACUUAUGACGAUGGAGCUGCAACCCGAUUAAUGUCAACAGUGAAACCUCUGAGGGAGCCAGCACCCUCGGAAGAUGUGAUUGAUAUUAAGCCGGAACCAGAUGAUCUCAUUGAUGAAGACCUCAAUUUUGUGCAGGAGAAUCCCUUAUCUCAGAAAAAACCUACAGUGACACUUACAUAUGGUUCAGCUCGUCCUUCUAUUGAAAUUUAUCGACCACCUGCAAGUCGAACUGCAGAUAGCGGGGCUCAUUUAAACAGGUUGCAGUUUCAACAGCAGCAAAACAGUAUUCAUGUUAGCAAGCAACUCGAUAUACAGAACAGCCGAGUAUAUGAAACAGGACGUUUGUGUGAACCAGAAGUGCUUAACAGUUUAGAAGAGACUUACAGUCCCUUCUUCAGAAACAACUCAGAAAAAAUGAGUAUUGAGGAAGAAAACUUUCGGAAGAGAAAGUUGCCUAUGGUAAGUUCAGUUGUUAAAGUAAAAAAAUUCAAUCAUGAUGGAGAAGAGGAGGAGGAAGAUGAAGAUUGUGGGUCCCGAACAGGAAGCAUCUCCAGCAGUGUGUCAGUGCCAGCAAAGCCUGAAAGGAGACCUUCACUUCCACCUUCUAAACAGGCUAACAAGAAUCUGAUUUUGAAGGCUAUAUCAGAAGCUCAAGAAUCUGUAACAAAAACAACUAACUAUUCUACAGUCUCUCAGAAACAGACACUUCCAGUUGCUCCCCGAACUCGAACUUCUCAAGAAGAACUGCUGGCAGAGUCGGUACAGGGGCAAAGCAGAACACCUAGAAUAAGUCCGCCUAUUAAAGAAGAGGAAACAAAAGGAGAUAAUAUAGAAAAACUUCAAGGAACUCAACAGAGGCAGCUGUUAUCCCGACUGCAGAUUGAUCCAGUCAUGGCAGAAACUCUACAGCUCAGUCAAGAUUACUAUGACAUGGAAUCCAUGGUCCAUGCAGACACCAGAUCAUUUAUUCUGAAGAAGCCAAAGCUGUCUGAGGAAAUAGUAGUGCCACCAAACCAGGAGUCGGGGAUGAAGACUGCAGAUACCCUUCGGGUACUUUCAGGACACCUUAUGCAGACACGAGAUCUUGUACAACCAGAUAAACCUGCAAGUCCCAAGUUUAUAGUGACGCUGGAUGGUGUUCCCAGCCCCCCAGGAUACAUGUCAGAUCAAGAGGAGGACAUGUGCUUUGAAGGAAUGAAACCUGUAAACCAAACCGCAGCCUCAAACAAGGGACUCAGAGGUCUCCUCCACCCACAGCAGUUGCAGUUGAUGAGCAGGCAGCUUGAGGACCCAGAUGGUAGCUUUUCAAACGCUGAGAUGAAUGAACUGAGUGUGGCACAGAAACCGGAAAAACUUUUGGAGCGCUGCAAGUACUGGCCUGCCUGUAAAAAUGGGGAUGAAUGUGCUUACCAUCACCCUGUGUCACCUUGCAAAGCUUUCCCCAAUUGUAAAUUUGCUGAAAAAUGUUUGUUUAUUCAUCCAAAUUGUAAAUAUGAUGCAAAGUGUACUAAGCCAGAUUGUCCCUUCACUCAUAUGAGUAGAAGAAUUCCAGUGCUGCCUCCGAAACCAGCAGUUACAACACCAGCACCAACUUCUACUAGUCAGCUCUGCCGUUACUUCCCUGCUUGUAAGAAAAUGGAGUGUCCCUUCUAUCAUCCAAAACACUGUAGAUUUAACACUCAGUGUACCAGGCCUGACUGCACGUUUUAUCAUCCCACCAUCACCGUGCCGCCACGACAUGCCUUGAAAUGGAUUCGGCCUCAAACCAGUGAAUGACACCUAGUCCUACCUGGCAGAAGAUCCUGAAGUUUGAUGAAAAUUUCCAUCCACUGACAAAAGAAAUUCUACAGAACUUGUCAAAUCUUUGAAACUUGGAAUAUAUUGCUUUCAUAAUACGAAGUUUAUUGCCUAUCUGAAGUGUCUAAUUUUUCAAGUUUGUAAGCUAUUUAAGUGGUUUUAACAUUGGGUGUUUUCUUGUUUGCAUUGUUUUGACUAUGGAAAGACAGUUUAAGGAAAAGCUAAACUCUAUUAAAACAUUUGAGGCGUGUUUGUA